GUUUUUUAUGUUUUUGACACUUGGUUUUGUGUUUGAUCAGUUAAAUCCCAUGUAUUCAGGGCAUCAGCGGUGGAUAUUUAACUGAGGCAGAGAUCAGACUGACAUCCAGACGGACGAGGAACAAGGAACGAGACUACUCCACUACUUCACCUGAGAUUAUAUUCCAGCUGCAGAGUGCUGUGAGAGCCUGAACCAUGCGUCCUGUUGUGGUUACUGCCAUCCUUCUUCUGGUGGUGCUGAUGUCCAUGUCGGACUCUGCAGCCGGGGGUCCUGCAGAAAUGUGUAAGACCGAAUAUCCGUUCACACCGUGUAGGAAGAACGUCGGUGAAGGCUGGGCCCAGUACGCAAAAAACCUCUGCGUGAAGGCGUUCUUUAAUACUCCGCAUUUGAGUCAUUCUGAUGCAGAGAUGGCCUGUAGAAAGUUCCCAAAGGGCCAUCUGGUAUCGAUCGACAAUGUAGAGGAAAAUAAUCAAGUCCAAUGUGCCAUGUACAGAGCCACCACCGGAAAAGCUCACUACUGGAUUGGAGCCUUCAAAAAGCUGGAUGGAAGAACUAAAAAGUGGGGUUGGACGGAUGACAAUUUUAUUCGUUAUGCCAACUGGGCUCGUGGCCAGCCUGACAACUAUUGGUUCAGAGAGGACUGCGUUGAGAUGAACUAUUGGGACUGGGGACUCUGGAACGAUGCAUACUGUUAUGAGAAGAAGCCCUACGUGUGUGAAGUUAUUAUCAAAGAUGACUAGGAUAUCAGCAGUUGGCUCAGUCAGGUUCAAUGGUAACCACUGCAAGCUUUUACAUUUACUGCAAUAAAUAUUCAGCAUCAGAAAACAUA